AUGAAGGUCUACGAUGGUUUGCGCUGCGAAAAGGAGAAGCUAGAUGAGCUGUAUCGCAAAGAACUCAACACCGUAUUGGAUUUGCACGAUCUCCUGCUUGACCAUGUCAUACCAGACAUGGUCGCUGAGCUUGGAGUCGAUGAGCGCGGUCGACAAAAUUUUGUGGACUGGGCAGCAGACAUCCCCUCUAUAUUUCGCGUUUUGAAGCGCCACAAGUUCGUCGCAUCGUUGGCUCUUGAAGAUAUCCGGCGCAUCAUGCUCGGCCGCCUGAGCCCUAUAUCUCGGCCACGAACGGAUGUCGCGCAGUUCCUACGCUGUCUCCCACUCAGCUCAGUUGAUUCUUUCGGUCGACCAAUCAUCGUCAUAAGGCCAAAGGGGCUGCAACUCUCGUCACCCGAGCUUCCGUCUAUUUUGAAUACCUCUAUGGAAUCCUUGCGCGUGCGCCUCCAUCAGCUCAACUCCAAGUGCGAUGUCAGGGAGCCACCUGUCCUGCAGUACAUUGCCCUGUUGGACAUGGAAGGCGUGUCAAUCACCAGCGCUGGACGGAUGGAUGUCAUCUCAAAAUUCGCGCAGCAAAUUUUGCCCGCGUUUCCUGGCAUGAUCGCGGCGGUCUUUGUGCUCAACUACGCAUGGUCCUUCUCCGGAGCAUGGAACUUCGCGAAGCAUGUACGGCUCCUGCCCCCGAGAGCGCGUUCACGUAUCUUCUUCCCCAGCCGCGAAGAGCUCCUGGACUACUUGCCGCCAGAAUGUCUCCCAUCUGAUUUCGGUGGUCUCUUGCCUCCGUCUUCUGAACUGGAGGAUCCCUUGCGGACUUCCCUCAAAACUGCGGAUGGAAUUGGUCCUCAAUGCCAUGCUGACGCCGACGCCGGCCCUGCGCGCAAGAGUGUAGACACCCUAUCGGACUCGGAGGCGGCAGAUCCUGAAAUUCCUAUGAUGGGAGUCCCCCCAUCGCGCCCAGCCCCACAGCACAGCCCCUACUACGGAUACCCAAUUCUUCACGAUACCCCCAUCCCGACUCUGCGGCACGGCCGCCGACGAAAGCGAGACCUGCUGCGCACACUCGCGUGGCUCUUCUGGGCGCGCUGGCACAUACACCUCGUAACGGCCCUAGCAGCCGUCGUGCUUGUUGCCGUCGUUCGUAUAUCACGAAGGACACGAUUCGCCUUUAGUAUGCGUGCACAGACGUCGAGUUUGACGACGAUGCUUCGUGGGUUACUUGGGACCGGCCCAGGCGUACGUUAG